AACUUCCUUUCUAUUCUUUCUUUUUUUUAAAUGGAACCCGUCGCUCAAACCCCAGCAGAUAGUUUUCAUUUUUGUCUUGCUUCACAAAAGCCAAAGCGUGUGACCUUAUCAAUGAACUUAACUUAAGCGUUCUAGUUACUGCUGGUUUAGAAUAAACUAAUUGCAGAGGCUGUGGUGCAACAUCUGGAUCAACGUGCUGUUUGUUUGAUUGUUGAUUAUAAACCUUGCUGAAUAAAAAUGGAAACUAAAAGAUCUGAAGUGGUUCAUAAUGGAUUUUUUCCGCCAGAUGUUCACUGGUGGCACUUUAAUAGUAGGCCUGUGUAUUUUCCUAAAUGUUUGCAAUGUUCUCUUCGAAUAUAAGUUGUAGUCUAAUGGCUUUCAAACAUGAGGCAAGUGUCGACUUUGUGUACUCUACAGCCUCUGGAUUAUAAUUAUACAGCGUUUUUAUUACUAUUAUUUGUUUUUUUUCUAAUUAGUCACUUUUUUUACAUUAAUCCGGGAGGUGUAGUAGAAGGUGAGGUAAUGGAAAAGAAUUCGCAAACGUUUGCAGCAGGAAACAACUGACGCAAUGACUGGUGCAGAAGUGUUGCUCACUCUCCAGUAAUGUCCUGAGGUCCAACAGUCUGCUGGAUAUUUUGAAACUGAAUUAUUGCAUAAUAGAACCAUGAUUGACCAGGCAAAACAGGGAAUUACUCAUACAUAAAGUGUAUUUUUUGCUAUUGCGCAACAAACUGACUGAGAUGAGAACUGCAGAGGAGUCGUCAGGCACGGUGCUGCACCGGCUCAUCCAGGAGCAGCUGCGCUACGGGAACCCUACGGACACACGCGCCCUCCUGGCCAUCCAGCAGCAGGCUCUUCGUGGAGGUAGCAGCAGUAGUGGUGGAGGUGCUGGGAGCCCACGCUCAUCUCUGGAGAGCCUCACACAGGAGGAGUCGCACUUCCUCCAGACGUCCAUGCGUCAGGAGCCACAAGGACAAGAGCACCAGAGUGACUACCAGCACUCCGAGAGCUCAGCGUGCCAUCUCUACCAGCUCCACACAGAGGAGUUGCCCACAUACGAGGAGGCCAAGGCUCACUCACAGUACUUGGCUGCCCAGAGGGGUCAGGCUGGCCUUCAGCAUACUGGUCCAGAGAUGCUCAGCCCAGAUUCAGGACUUGAACAGGACCAGAACACGUGGGAUCUGAAACGGGAGCAUGCUCGGUCACUGAGCGAGCGCCUCAUGCAGCUGUCGCUGGAGAGGAAUGGGGCCCAUGACCAGGUGCCUAUGAGCUCGUCACACAGCUACCCCCAGCUGUCCAGUAGUGCUGCUGCUGGUGUGCAUGAUGGGCCUGAUCACCGUGGGCCACCCCCAGAGUACCCGUUUAUGGUCAAAGCCCCUGGAUAUAUGCUGAGCCAUUCUCAGGAGAACGGACUCUAUUACAGGGAGCCUCCUGCUUUCUACUCUCAGCAUCACAGGUACGUUCAGGCCCAAGCACAGGUGGCUCGACAAAAUGCCCUGUCUACACUGACCCCUGCUGGCCAGGAGGUCAUAGUCGGAGGCUAUAGUAUCCCUGCUCCCAAUCCUCAAAUGGAGCAGCUGAUUAAAGAAAAUGAGAGGCUGAAGAGGGAAGUGGAGAGUUACAGUGAGAAAGCAGCAAGACUGCAAAAGCUGGAGCAGGAGAUUCAGAGGAUAUCCGAAGCGUAUGAGACACUUAUGAAGGGAUCGGCAAAGAGAGAGACCCUUGAGAAAACCAUGAGGAACAAGCUUGAAUGUGAAAUCAAGAGACUUCAUGACUUCAACAGAGACCUUCGGGACCGCCUGGAAACGGCUAAUAAACAGAGAGCAGCCAUGGAAGAUCAAGACCAUAGCCAGCAUGUCUAUGCCAAACUGGCUGAACAAAGUGAGGAGCAUCAGCGAGAACGGGAGCAGCUUGAGCGUGAGUUGCAGUGUCUGAGAGUUUCUGGAGAGGAGUGGUGUCGGCGUCGCGAGGUGCUAGAGCAGGCUUUAGUGUCUGCUCAGACCCGGAACAGACAGCUGGAGGAAGAGCUGCGUAAGAAGAGGGCGUAUGUGGAGAAGGUGGAGAGGCUGCAAAGUGCCUUGGCCCAGCUUCAGGCCGCAUGUGAGAAAAGGGAGGCUCUGGAGAUGAAGCUUCGCACCCGACUGGAGCAGGAGCUGAAGAGCCUCAGGGCACAACAGUGGCAGUCUCAAGGCCAGCAGGCAAUCAGCACUUCCACGUCCAGUCUGAAUGUCACCUCUUUGCAGCAGCGGCUAAGGGAGAGAGAGGAGCGCAUCCUGGCUUUGGAGGCUGACAUCACCCGCUGGGAACAGAAGUAUCUGGAGGAGAGCACAAUGCGUCAGUUUGCCAUGGAUGCUGCAGCCACUGCCGCUGCCCAGAGGGAUACAACCAUUAUUAACCAUUCUCCCCGGCACUCGCCCAAUAACAGCUUCAAUGGAAUCUUGCCAUCGUCUGACCACAGACAUCAGGAGAUGGAGAACAGAAUCCGAGCCCUGUACGCCAAGCUUCUGGAGAAGGACGCCAUGAUUAAGGUCCUGCAGGAGCGCUCACGGCGGGAGCAGGCUCGUCCUGAACUAGCAGGCCUUCGCCCAGCCCGAUCCGUCCCCUCCAUCAACACCGUCACCACCACAACCACGGCACGGCCCAAAGGGAAGAGCCUCUCGGAUGACCAGACGGCAGCCGUGAUGAUGCCUUCUGCGCAUCAUUCGCUUGCUAAGGCCCCGAGCCGAGACUGCAGCACCCAGUGCGACGAACAGACAGAGCCUGCCAUUUCAACAAAUGCCUCCGAACACACACCUGCACCCAGCUCUGAUGUUACCACAGAAAAGCCUCAGACCCAAACUCCUGUCAGCGCUGCCAAGAGUGUCGAGAGUGAAGUGGUAGAGAUUCUCAUCUGAAGACCUUGGAAAGGAACUUUAACUCAAUCCAGUCUGAUUCUGCUUCAUGUACAUGUGAAAGGCGUUCAGCUCAACAGUGUCUGAAUCUGUGAAAAACAAGUGAGAAUUGCCAAGCAAGAUCUUCUCAUCUUUAAUGGUGCUUGAGAAGCCAGCCUGCUUUGUGACAGACUAAAGGAGCUAAAAGAGAGAGAGGAACCCCAGAUUUCUGCCCAGUGCAGAGAGGAGAGCUGAGCUCCCUUUUCUUAAAAUAAAUCGGACAAUGCUGGGAAAUCUCUCCUGGCUCACCUCUGAAUCCGAGGUACUUGUACAGGACUCUGCAGAACUCCAAGAGGCUGCUGUGAAAUGGCAUAAGAACAUAUAAAACAGUAUAUCUGUGAGCUUUUUUGCCAUGUAUUUUUAUUUAUGAUAUUUGCUGCUGAACUACGUGUGAGGUUUCUUUAAAGAGUGUUGUAUGUGAGUAGGAACAACUUUAGUAAGACAACCUUUUUGAAUGUCUGUUUUUGACACCCAACUGUUUUGUCAUGCCCAGUUUCCACUGAAGCAUUAUCCAAGGGCAGUGUUUCUGAAACAUCUUAGUAUAGCUUUCUGUGUAAGACUAUAUCCUGCAUUCCUGGAUAAAACACACAGUCACUUUGGUCAUUCUGACCAUUAAAUGUCCCAAAAAAAGAAUGAUAAGGUUUUGCGGGAAGCCAAGUAUAGCGUAAACUGGCAGGCCUAGGGUUACACCAUUUACCAGAAUAGUUGAGUAAAUACCGAUUGACUGAACUCUGACACUCCCUUUGACUAAAUUAACAUUACAGUUGGUGUUCUUAUUAUAAUUGGCUGCCAGUGGGCUUCUCUCACCCUGUUUUAAGCAGUGGAAUGAGAAGCCUCCUUUUGUGGACUUAGGCUGCUGGGCACGUACUUGUCUCUUUUAGUGACACUUAAGAGAUGUCACUCGUCUGAGGCGCAGAGGGGAGGCUGAUGUUUUAAAUGCCAGAUUAUCAUUUUGGGCCUCUAACAGCAUCUACCCAGCAUGCCGCUGUCCUUCACUGACAAGCUGGAGCUACAGUCUCACAUGCCGGAAUGUUCCUGCUUGGUGAAAAAGGCUCUCUGCUGCCUGACCUCUGGCCUGUGUGAAAUGACUGGCAUUCACGCUACUAUUCUCUUUCUGGGUCUAUUUAUUUCCUCAGUGCUACGGUAGCUGGUUCUACCAUGAACACUUAAAUCAUAAUAUGGUUACAUAUUGACCAUCUUCACAUUUGACCAUGUUUCAUUAGCUUGGUUGUUGUAGUACUAAUAAUAACAAACCGUACCUUUUUAUAUAUGGAAUGCAGCUAAAAUGGUAGUUGAUAUGAUAUGGUAUUAUAAAAUUGUUACUGUCUUAACUUGCAUUUCUAUGGUCAAAGUGGCUGCGUGUGUGAGUGUGUGACAUGACUUUUCUAGUAAGACUAGUAAGCCUGUGUAAGAUUUGAUGGUGAAAUAAGGGUAGAUGCAUAUUUGUCCUAUGUGGAAAGCCAUUCUCACUCUAGACUGGAAAUGUGAGUAAUCAGUAUUGUAUCAUGUCCUAUACUGUCACUGAAUGCUACUUUUCUCCCUUACCCUGUCUCCAACACAAAUUAUUUGCUGGCAAAUGAUUUGUAGUGGGAGUCAUGAUGUUUUACUCUUUACUUGGACUGUUUACAGAAAGGGCUGUUUGGAAAAGAAAAGAUGUUAAUAUAUUUUGUAUAUUAUUAUGCCUUUAUAGUAUCUAGUGACAUGAACAUAAUGCCAAAGAUUUGCAUUACAAAUAAGUUAUAUAAUAAGAGUAUUAGAACUAGUAAGGUCAAGUGUAGACACCUUGCUCAAACUGGUUGACCCAUACUUAGAUGUUGCUGUGAACUUCUGGAAUGGGAUUUUUUUUGUAUGCCAUUAACAUUUCAUUAAUUGAAUA